AUGAUUCAAGCAGCUCCAUACAUCGCGCUUGGUGUAUUUCUUGCAAUAGAACUUGCCUUAGUUAUUAUCAGUUGCGUUCUUGAUAAAAAUGCUUACGCCUUAAUCAUUAUUGUACCGUUAUGUUUCGCAAUAAUUUGCCAGUUCCUUGCAGAUUCAUAUAGUGACGGAUAUCAUGAGGAAGGGCUUCUUACAGUUGAUACAAUCAAUUGGUUCUUCGGUGUUGCCUUUGCAGCAAGCAUUGGAAUUCCACUUAUGUUAUGGCACGAUAAACUCAUUAAGGAUAUAGGAUUAGGUUUAACCCUUGGUGCAGUUGUUAUUCAGCUCAUUUCAUACUGGGUUUUCAACUGCUUGAAGAAGAAAACUGAUGAGGAUGGAUUUUGA